CAAAAAGAUUCUCCGCUGAUUCUGGAGCCAUUUGGCUGCCAUUCUACUACACGACACAGCCAAUCCGAUCGUCGUGAAGCGACUUCUGGGUACCACCACCGCUCUGUUUCACCCCCAUUUCCAUGGCCUAAUUCUCUCUUUUCUUCCCUUUUCGCCGUUUCUCCUCGUCCGUGGACCGUGCCCGGCACGUGCCUUUGCCGCCACACUCACCGGUUGACCGCCGACCAGCCGUUCUCCGAUCGGUUGGCCGUACUGGGUUCGCAUCCGCCGUCUUCUUCGCUUUCUCCGAUUUCCUUAAAACUAUCCUCCUAUAGGCUUCUUCGCGCUUACGCUGUUCCAAGUUUCUGAAAUUAGGAGAUGUCUGAGAAGUUCUCGGCAACUUUGAGGAUAGGGGAUCUGAAUGAUUUCAUAGCGCCUUCCCAGGCUUGUAUAGUUUCUCUCAAAGGGCUGAAAGCUACAACCACGAAGCCGGAUAAAGUUGAGGUUUCGGCUUCUAGGAAGCAAUUGAAAGCAGAACCAGUUAAAAUUUCACUGAAGGAUUGCUUAGCAUGCAGUGGUUGUGUAACAUCAGCAGAGACUGUCAUGCUGGAGAAGCAAAGUCUGGAUGAAUUUAUUUCAAACAUUAAUAAAAGAAAGGUUGUAAUUGUCUCAUUAUCUCCCCAAUCCAGAGCCUCACUUGCUGUCCAUUUUGGCAUCUCCCCACUGAAGGUUUUUAAGAAACUCACGACAUUUUUUAAGUCCAUUGGAGUAAAAGCUAUAUUUGAUACAAGUUGCAGUAGAGAUUUAACCUUAAUUGAAGCUUGUAAUGAGUUCAUAGCAAGGUAUAGACAAAGCCAGUCAGAAAAUGAAGAAAAAUGCAAAUCAUCCAUUCCUAUGAUCUCAUCAGCUUGCCCAGGAUGGAUAUGCUAUGCUGAGAAGCAACAUGGAUCCUACAUUUUGCCUUACAUAUCAUCAGUGAAGAGUCCUCAGCAAAUGAUUGGAUCAAUAAUUAAGCAUCAUAUAUGCCAAAAAUUGGGUAUUAGAUCAGACGAUGUGUACCAUGUUACUGUGAUGCCCUGUUAUGACAAGAAACUGGAGGCAGCCAGGGAGGACUUUGUUUUUCAGUUGGACUCAGUCAACAAAACUCGGGAGAAUGAGGCCUACAGAAUCACAGAAGUAGAUUCAGUAUUGACAUCUGGUGAAGUUCUAGAAUUGAUGCAGUUGAAAGAGGUGGACUUUAAUAGUCUAGAAGAAUCCCCCUUGGAUAGAAUGCUGACAAAUGUAAAUGAAGAAGGGCAGCUUUUUGGAGUUCGUGGAAGUUCUGGUGGUUAUGCAGAAACCAUUUUUCGGCAUGCUGCGAAGAUACUCUUUGGAAACGAAAGUGAAGUCCCUUUGGAAUUCAAAUCCAUCCGAAACUCAGAUUUUCAGGAGCUCACACUAGAGGUGGAAGGGAAGACUUUGUUGAAGUUUGCACUAUGCUAUGGAUUCCGAAACCUGCAAAAUGUUGUCCGAAAAAUCAAAACAGGAAAAUGCGAUUACCAUUUUCUGGAGAUCAUGGCUUGCCCUUCAGGUUGUCUGAAUGGAGGGGGCCAAAUUAAACCAAAGCCUGGACAAUCUCCCAAGGAUUUGAUCGAGUUAUUAGAAGCUGCUUAUCAGGAAAAUGUUUUAAUUAGAGAUCCUUUUGAGAACCCAGUGGUGAAAGAUAUAUACAAGGAGUGGCUGGAGCAGCCAGGUUCAGAGAAGGCAAAGAAGCAUAUGCACACUGAAUACCACCCAGUGGUAAAAAGCAUUACCGCCCAACUCCACAACUGGUAAAACAAAGUGCCACUCCUAACUUAUAGUUUUUUCUAAAACAAAAGUUGAAAAUUAGAUGAAUCAUACCGAAUGAGCCCGUAGCUUGUCGGCUUAGUGGAUGAGCUGAGUUUCAGUCCAUGCCACAAGUCUCAAGUUCGAGUCCCAAUCGGUAGAGAGGAAGAGACAAAAAAAUUAGAUGAAUCAUAAUAAUCACUUUGCCCCUUAUGGUUGCUGUGAUCACCUCACUCUGUGCUUCACUUCUGGAAAGAAAAUGCCCAAUUUUGAUAGUAGGAUUUAACACUUUGAUAUAUAGUUCAUUUUGUUCUUCUUCCCUCUCACCAUAGUAGGCCUCUGCUCUGCCAGUCUUCAUCAUGUACAUGAUCUGUAUCUAUGUUGUAAGAUAGAAGGAAAAUAAUAGGUUGUUAUUUUGCUUUUUCUUGUUAAAUUUUUAAUAAUCUGUGUAUUUCCUUGUGAUUCUUUUUCCCUAAGAAGAUAUUAAUGUCGUUUGGUGGAAGGUUACAUACCGAGAGAACAUUCUGUUUUAAAUGGUUGAAUGAGGUCACCACAAUGUGGCUAUUUUC